UUUGCCUUUCUCAAACAGAGGUUUUAAGGAAACUGCUUGAAAGGGAUAGAACAUCAGACGAGUAGACUGAAAUGAGGGACACCAUUAGGCUUGUGUAUCUUUUUAUAUAUAAUCUGCUGCAGUUCUGUGGGCAUACAUGGAUUUUUUCAAACAUGACAGCGAGAGUUUUUUCAUUUGGGAAAGAUGCCUUGGCAGAUACGUUCUAUUCCAUUGGAGUUGUUAUGAGCUUGUGCCAGUUGUUGUCAGUGCUGGAGCUAUUCCAUAUUUUAGAUGGUAUUGAAAACAGUAAACUACUGCCUAGGUUCUUACAGGUACUGGAAAGAAACUUCAUUUUGUUUGUAGUAAUUGUAAGCCAGGAGGAGAUGCAAAGCAGAUAUAUCGUUUGUAUGCUUUUUUAUCUGUGGAAUAUUCUAGGCCUGUUACAGUAUCCAUAUGGACUUCUGUCUCUUAUAAGCACUCCAUCAUACAAUUUUACUUGGGCUCAUUUUACCCUAUGGAUUCCAGUAUACCCUCUAGCAGUCCUUGCUGAAGUGAUCACUGUUUAUCAAUCCUUACCAUUCUUUGAAACCCUGGGAACAUUUUCAUUUAAUGUGACACUACCAGCACCAAUAUACAUCCAUUUUCCUUAUGUGCUACAGAUCUACAUGCCAGUACUUGCUGUUGGGGCCUGCAUAAACAUCAGUCAGCUACUGGUGGAAAGAAACCAGCAACUGGAAGGCAACAAUAAAAAGCUGAAAAGGAAAUGAAAAAUUCACCCCAACAGCUGAAUUACUUUAACCUCUGUGAGCUGUGUUGGCUAAAUUUCAUUUUGAAGGAAUUGAAAAAGAAAGAAGAGUAUAACUAAAUAUAUAUUCCUGUUUUACAACCCUUCCCUUUGAACUGAAGUUGAAAAAAUAUUUGUAAUGUUACUAUAUGAAAACUUGAAAUGUAUGAUUUGCAAACACACCAUAAGGUUACAAAGUAGAGGAGGACCACCUAGCUCCUCAGAUUUGGGUAGAUAAGUGAUCCAAGAAGCACAUCAAUCAGCCACUUCUUGGAAGAAGUCAGCUUUGACAUGGCUGGAGAGUUGUUUUACAUACAUUAACAGUUUUUUGUAAGAAAUGCCUUCUGGUUUCAUCUGUAAAUGCACACUUGUAUCCUGUGGUUUGUGUUUCACCAGAAAACAAUUGAUCACCUUUGACGGGACCCUUGACAUCCCUUCAUAGUCUUUUCUGUUCAAGACUUAAUUUAGUUCUUACAGCUUGUCACCAUAGGACAUUUCUUUAUGUCAGUGAAGUUUUGCGGUUGUUUUUAGUUGCACUAAUUUCAGAAAAUCUUAAUCUUCCCACCUUAAAUCCAUAGUUUGUUUUGACUAUUUGCAUGUAAUUCUUGUGUACAGUAAAUGUAAUCUGUCAGGUGUUCAAUUCUGUCCAGGUCCUGUUGGAUUUUGUUUGCAAGCUUCUACAAUAUUUGCUCAUUCUCAUAUUUUAAUAGCUGCAAAAAUUGAUUAGGUUACUAACUAUAUAAUCAAGAUUGUUUUGAAGAGCACUGGUCUUGAUCCAGAAAAUGUUGCACUCCAUUUAUUACACCCCAUUUUGAGUAUUUACUUCUUAUCUAUACUGUUUCCUUUCUAUUACUAAGUUCUCUAUAGAUUCAUCUGGGAUGCCUACUGAUUGCUACUUAGAAAUUGAUCUAUUACAAUGAAAAUUUAUAGAGAAAAAAUUAUGAAAAUCUUAAUAUGCCGUAUCACAUGCUCCGUUCGAAUGUAAUCCUGUUGUCGGCUUGUUCAAAGAACAGCGUUUAAUUAAGAAAAGACCUGUCUUUUCUAAAUUCAUUUUGACUAUGCCCUAAAGUCCUGCUGCUACACAGAGGAUCUUUUAACGUAGUUCAAAGUAUUGCUUCCGUAACCUUUCAUGUUAUAAUUAGUGUGUAAUUAAAGGGCUUGGUUUUGUGUCUCUUUUAUAGAUGGUUGCUACUUUAGCAAUUUUACAGUAGGUGUUAAACCUGUCUUUAGAGUUGUAAUAGCCUAUGAAUAACAUCCUUUUGCUAAAUACACAACUGGUAGAUCACCAUCAAACUCUGGAGAUUUUAAGUGUUUCUAAUACCUGGCUCUUCUAUGCUAAUACUGUUAAUGUAGAACUUUGUUUUUGCUUAGUCAGAUUUUCAAGUUUAUUUACUUAAUAUACUGUAUAUACACACUAAAUAUACAUACAUAGUUUCUAUUUUACAGACCUUCUCUUUGAACUGAAGAUUAUAAAAUAUUUUUAAUGCAACUAUGUGAAAACUUUUCAGUGAAAUUCUCAGUGAAAUAUUCAUUUCAUAUACUAGCCAUUUCCCUUUAAGAAUGCAUUAUAAGUCAUAUACUGUAGAUGCAAGUCUGUCAAUAACUGUAAUGGCUAUUACAUUCUCCAGGUCAUUAGCAUUUUUGUGUCUCAGUUUGCAAGUCUUCCCUUUGGAGAACACACUUGAGAAAUGCUGCAUAGGACAACUGCACAGGACUCUGCUAAGUCUCCAGCUUGCGCACAGACCCCACAAUAAACAUAGUGUCUACACGGUAUUAUUAACUUCUAUAUGCUGCAACAUAUUAUUAUAAUUGUUGUGUUAAAAUACACAAAUUUGGUUUAAAAAAUGUUGAUGACUGAAUUAUGACUGAAAAACUGUGAGAAGUGUGUGAGAAGUGGUAAGGGGAUGGGCAUGGAAAUGGCCUUUCAGUUGUCAGUAUUUAUUUUAUGAACAUGUAUAUGCAUAUAUGGCAUGAUAAGAGUGCUAUCCUUUGUGCUUAACUGCCUAACUGUAAGCCUGGUCAGGCCAUAUUUCUAAUAUCCACAUUGUUGUUUUAUUAACCAAUUAUUAUUGUAAUUUGGUCACUUCAUUUAACUAUAUUAAAAACAUAGUUCCUGCUGUCUUGAAGAUACAUGUACCUUUAAGGCUGUUCUUUGUCCAGACCCUUUAAAAUGGGUUUUCUCUCUGUUCAUGAGUGCCUUCUGGUUUGGUUGAAUUCACUGCACUAUAAGACACUGCUGAAGUGUUUCACUGUAUUAAUACAAAAUGUCAUUGGUUGUUUAUUGUAUUUGUCAGAGUACAUAUAACUCAGGUUGAGAUUUCUAUACAGGGACUUUGAUAUUUCCAGACAUGCCAAUUAUAAAAAAAAACUAAAUUCAUUUUUCUAUGCUCCUUAGGAUAAAUGCUUUUUUUUUUAAUGUUCACUUUCAGCCUCAGGGCAGUGGUGUCAUUUGAGGAAAUAAAGCUUCAGGGAUGACCUAUAAAAUGCAUGUUUACAAAAUGGGAUGCUGAAAUGAUGAUUACAGAUUUUGUUCUACUUCUUGAAGAAAAUGAACUGAUCAUUGCAGGCCUUUCUGGAAAAGCUGGACGGCUUUGAAGUACAAUGGUAAUCAUUUACAGUAGAAACAUCCUAUCACUUGGUUUCAGGACUGUCAAACUGUUACUUUUAUGAUAUUUCAAGUAGUGUCAUUGUCUGAUUCAUUGUUCAUUGUGUUUUCCCAUCUGUAUAAACAUUUGUAUAAACGUUCACUUUCACUAGUAACAUGAAUGCACUAUUUUCAGUUCUUAAUUUCAGUUGUAUUAAAUAUGUACAUUUUGUGUGUUGCCCACUCCAACUAACUCAAAUCAAAGUAUCAGUAGUAAUACAUGACUGUGCCACAUUUUUUGCUGUAACUUAAAAUUGAACACAAAUAAUCUUGCUUUUACACUCAUAUUAUCUUUAAUGAAGAACAUAAGAUAUUCUUACGAGAAAAAAAGUUGGCCAAUGCAUAUACACAGUAAUUACCACUGCAAUAAAAAAAAUUGCACUGUAAUACAUUUUUCGCUAAGAGCAGAAAUAUUGCUUGUUUUUAUGUAAAAAUGUCACAUUCAUUAAGUAUAUAUAUGACUUAUUAUAUGAUUUCUUUAGGACUGAGUCAAUUGUACUGCUUAUUAUUAUUUUUCUAGGUACUGUAUAUCUCAAGAAAAUAGAGAUAUACUUCCCUAAUGUAUUUUUAAAUAUUUUAUAAUUGUGAAAUCUGCCGUGGUCUGAAAUCCAGUUAAUUCAGAACAGCCCUUAGUUAAAUAUAAGGAUAUAUACUUUUUGAAAUAUAUGGUACUAUUUAUAGGACAUUAAAACCUAUCGUAAUACAAGCAAUACAAGAAAUAUUUCUCUAGGGAAUGAAAGGUGCAAAAAAAACUUUUUGGUAACUGCAAGUGCCCAAUAUGAAGGAUAUUUACAUUUUUUAGCAAAUUCUUGCAGUACAGCAUGGCUUAAUUCAAUAACAGGCACGAAACACAAAACAUCUGGUAAAAAGUAAACCAUGUUUACCUUUGGUGAGUAUAUAAUAAAAAUAAAAGUAAAGAAUGAAAGCAUA